AUGAGCCAUGAAUAUAGUGGGGAGGGAAAGAGAGGCUGCAGUGAAUUGAAGCCUUCAAUUCGAACUCAAGGCAUCUCCACAUCUGCUGAGAACGGUUCCUGGGACACCAUCAGAUCCCUGACAUCUGUGAAAGCAAAACUGAAAAGCAAAAUGUUUGGCCUUGGCCUUUUCUGGAAAAGUGGUUCUAAAAAAGAAAAACAUGAGAAGGAGUACUCCACUUUUUCAGCCCAGUUUCCUCCCCAGGAGUGGCCAGUCAGGGAUGAAGAUGACUUAGACAAUAUUCCACGUGAUAUUGAACAUGAAAUCAUCAAGCGUAUUAACCCUACUCUUACAGUUGAUAAUUUGAUCAAACACACAAAAUUAAUGCAGAAGUUUGAGGAGCAGAAAAAACCUACCAGUAAGGAGAAAAAACACAUCAGUAAUGGCACUGUGGCUGAAGUGCCAACAGCCAAGCAAAACCAUCUUUCAAAGGAUUGUGUUCAAAAGGCGCCAAGUAAAACAGCAAAACACACCAGGAAAACCAAAUCACAGCAAGAAAAGCAGAUUAGCAGGAGUGGCAGGAAAUCUCACACACAGAAGCCAACAUCCCAAAAUGUGAAACCAGAAGAGAAUUUCUCAUUUCCCAUCAAAAACCAAGAGCCAUCUGAUGCAGCAGUGGAAUCCCACGGGAUCUAUAAGAAGCAGAUUAAGAAUCCUUUCCAGGGUCUGCCAUGGAGAGCUCGUAGCUUUCAUACAAGAGGGCACCAAGGUGUGGUUAACAGUCAGCUCAAGUGCCGGACUCAAAAGCGAGGAAGGGCUUUCCAAAGGCCACAGUCCUCGGCCUCCUCAGGACCCUCUGGCUGUGAAACUGAAUGGCUGAAUGCAGAAAGUGAAGCUGAUAAAGUUAAGCAAAACAACCUACUCUGUGCUAAUAGGUCUGGCCUUCAAUUAAAGAAAGGCAGUUUAAGUGAAAAUGGUACUUAUUCACAAGGCAGUAAGCCGCAAAUAGAUAACAGAAGUAAAUGUUUCCUGGAGAGUAGUAUUUCUGAAGAAAAUGUCUAUAAAAGAAUAGUAAAAAAAAAAUCCCCUUUCUCCUACACUGAAGAUAAAGGUGUGUGCGAAGAUGAUGAGAAAUUUCCAUUCAACCAGAAGGAUGAACAUUGCAGAAUUAAGGGUGACACUGUAUGUGAGCUGUUAGAUCGAACAGCCAGUGAAUUUCAAAAUAUCCACCUUUCAAAUUACACAUCCAGUGUUAAUCCGGCUCAAAAAAAUGGUGUGAAAUACAGACCAAAGACUGAUAAAAAGAGUCAACUUGUAUUUAACUAUGACUCUGCCAGCCACCCUGGAUCUAUGGAGCUGGAAAGUGAAGGGUUUACUGGUAACUUCUGUCUUCUGCACCGAACAGGACAUGAUGGUAACACCUGUAACUCGUCACAUCUGGAUGAGAAUUCUGAACACCUGUCCCCUGGCCACGCCUUUUCAGGCUCAGGAGACUGGACUACAGCUGUGUCCCUAAAAGCCUAUGAGGUCAGUACUUGCCCUGCCCAGCAGGACACGACUGUAAAUAAACAUGCCUCUGGAGAGCAGGGAUACAAGGGAAGUGCCAGCCUUGCCGAAUCAACAGAUGGCCCGAAGGAGCAUCCAAAACCAGACUGCACAGAAGAAAGUUGGUUGUGCAGCCAGGUUCUUCUGAGAGGUCACGGGAAGGAGGAAGAAAGUGGCCUCACUGAAUGUGGGAAGGGCUCAGCUGCGGCAGAUCCCUGCUGCGCUGCCGAGGCUGACUCGGGCACUUUGCAGAACUUCGCCCAUGAGGCGGGCGAAGGAACAGCACUCUGUGCCUUGGGCUCACGGAUCAAAGAGGUGAGAAACCCUCCAGGAAAAAAAGAAUGGCUUUUAAAGAACACCUGUCCUGUGAUCCCAGAACAGAAACACUCGGAAGGGACAGAAAACCACAGCAUUACAGGAGACAGCGGAAUUGACUCCCCAAGGUAA